CACUUUCGAUUUUAUACGUCUACGAGCUAUCUACACUGGACUUCUUAAGAAAUACGUCUAUCAUCUUCUCCCUUUUAAGAUUCUGCUGCUGUAAAAGUUUCCCAUUCACCAAGUUAAAGAAACCAUGUCUUUCUUUUUGAAUAAGUGGAACAAAUGGUGGUACGGUGCUGAAUUCUUUCCGAAUGACUGGAGAGCAGUAAAUUGGGACAGUAAAAGUAAGCUUGAAGGCAGUUUGAGAACUUUCACCCCAAGUAAUCCAGAUGUCAAAAAACUUCAAAUCCUACUUCAUGGACCUAUCGGAGCUGGAAAGUCCACCUUUAUAAAUUCCCUCCUCAGCGUCUUUCAAAACCGGGUUGUUUCCAAAGUGAAAACAGCAGCAUCAUCAUCCACCAGUUGCACAAAAACUUACAAAGGCUAUGAUAUCAAAUGUUCACCAUCUGGAACUUUGCCACUCACCAUAUUUGAUUUUAUCGGUCUGGAACACCAAACAGAAAAUGUUCAUCCUGAUGAUUUGAAAAAUGCACUGCGUGGACAUUUGCCAAAUGGUUAUGAGUUUGCUCCUGACAAGCCAUUGUCUUCAAAUGACAAUCGCUACAUCAAGAACCCCUCAGAAGGAGAAAAAACACAUUGCUUAGUCUGUGUUGUGUCAGCCAACAGUGUCUCUCGAAUGACUGACACUGUCAUUGGCAGGAUGAAAAUAGCUUUGGAGGAAGCCAAUAAACUUGGAAUCCCUGAAGCUGUUAUCCUGACUAUGAACGAUCAAGCCUGUCCAGCGGUUAAGUAUGAUGUGAAAAAUAUCUACAGAAGCAAGACAAUAAAAGCAAAGAUGGAAGAAUGCAGUAACAGAUUACAAGUUCCAAUGACCUGCAUUUUCCCUGUGAUAAAUUACCACGAGGAGAUAACGACAAACAAUGACACUGAUGUCCUCCUCCUGCUGGCACUGAAACAAAUUGCACAUCUUGCCAAUGAUUAUGUUGAAAUAGCUUAGAAUUCUCUCCAUAAAUCUGUACAAUUGUAUACAUACAAAUUGCUUUUAAAAAUGUGUAUGUUCUAACCUAUAUAUCUUAUAUAAUAAAGGUUUGUGGACUUCUACCAUCAUAACCACCUAAGCUUUAUGUAAAGUACAUCCCAUUACAGAUAUAGUCCCUUUGCUGUUAUAACAAGCUUAACUCUUCUGGGUAGGCAUAACUCUUCAUAGGUAACCAUAAAUCUGAGUGGACAUCCAUGACAUGUGGAGUCCCACAGGGCUCAAUUCUUGCACCGUUCUCUUUAAUUUGUAUAUGCUCCCAAUUGGUCAAAUAAUGAAAAAGAACCAAAUUGCUUACCACAGCUAUGCAGAUGGCACCCAGAUAUACUUAGCCCUGUCCCCUAAUGACUACAGCCCCAUUGACUCUCUAUGUAAGUGCAUUGAUGAAAUUAACAGUUGGAUGCGUCAAAACUUCCUCCAGUUAAACAAAGACAAAACCGAAGCCAUUGUAUUCGGAAAUAAAGAUGAAACUCUCAAGGUUAACACACACCUUGACUCUAGGGGUCUAAAGACACAAAAUAAAGUCAGAAAUCUUGGUGUAAUUUUAGAGUCUGACCUUAAUUUCAGUAGUCAUGUGAAAGCGAUAAGCAAAUCAGCUUACUACCAUCUCAGAAAUAUAGCCAGAAUUAGAUUAGAUUUUGUCUCAAGACAGGACUUAGAGAAACUUGUUCAUGCUUUCAUCACCAGCAGGGUGGAUUAUUGCAAUGGACUCCUUACUGGGAUCCCCAAAAAGACCAUUAGACAGCUGCAGCUCAUACAGAACGCUGCUGCCAGAAUUCUGACCAGAACCAAAAAAUCUGAGCACAUCACUCCAGUCCUCAUGUCCUUACACUGGCUUCCAGUUACAUUUAGAAUAGAUUUUAAAGUAUUGUUACUCGUUUAUAAAUCACUUCAUGGCUUAGGACAGAAAUACAUGACAGAUAUGCUAACUGAAUAUAAACCAAGCAGACGACUCAGAUCAUUAGGAUCAGGUCAGUUAGAGAUACCGAGGGUUCACUCAAAACAAGGUGCAUCAGCAUUUAGUUAUUACGCCACCUAUAGCUGGAAUCAGCUUCCAGAAGAGAUCAGAUGUGCUUCAACAGUAGACACUUUUAAAUCAAGAUUAAAAACACAUCUGUUUAACUCUGUAUUUACUAAAUGAUCACUGUGCUGCUUCACAAUGACUGCACUUUUUAUCCAAAUCACUUUUACUCCUGUUUCAUUCUUUUUAACAUAUUUUAAACUGUUUUUAUUAAAAUCACAUUUAUUUUUUUUUAUUGUUCUUUGUUUUUAUUAUGAUUUUAUCGUGUGUCUCUUAUUUUUACAUAUAUGUUUUUUUUCUCUCUUAUAAAUUGUUUUCUAAUUUCUAUGUAAAGCACUUUGACCUCUGUGUAUGAAAUGUGCUAUACAAAUAAACUUGCCUUGCCUUGCCUAGGCUUCUGGGUCCACAA